AUGGAGCAAAGGAACAAUGUGACUGAGUUUGUGCUUUUGGGACUCACUCAGAACCUCCAGGGUCAGAAAAUAUUAUUUGCUGUGUUCCUACUGAUAUACAUAGUGACGAUCGCAGGCAAUCUACUCAUUGUUCUGACCGUGGUGCUGAGCCCAUCCUUGGAUGCCCCAAUGUUCACCUUUCUUGGCUACUUAUCAUUUAUGGAUGCUGUUUAUUCCACUACGGUUACCCCAAAGAUGAUUAAAGACCUACUCUAUGAGAAGAGAACCAUUUCCUUCAAAGCUUGCAUAACACAGCUUUUUGUAGCUCACUUAUUCGGUGGUGUUGACAUAAUACUCCUUGUUGUCAUGGCCUAUGACCGCUACGUGGCCAUCUUCAAACCCUUGCACUAUCUAACUAUCAUGAACCAACAACGGUGUGCUCUGCUGCUGCUGCUGACCUGGGUUGGGGGUCUCCUGCAUGCUACCCCACAUGUACUUUUUGUUUACAAUCUUCCUUUCUGUGGCCCCAAUGUCAUGGACCACUUUGUCUGUGAUAUGUACCCCUUAAUAAAACUCGCCUGCACAGACACCUAUGUAGUCAGCCUCACUGUGUUAGCUGAUGACGGGGUGAUCUCUGUGGCCAUCUUUACAAUCUUGCUGGUCUCCUAUGGGGUCAUUUUGCACUCCCUGAAGAACUUGAGUCAGGAAGGGAGGCGCAAGGCCUUAUCCACCUGUAGUUCUCACAUCACUGUGGUCAUCCUCUUCUUUGUUCCUUGCAUUUUUAUUUACGUGAGGCCUCCCUCUACAUUACCCAUUGAUAAAGCCUUGACUUUGUUUUACACGGUUAUCACGCCUAUGCUGAACCCCCUCAUCUAUACUCUAAGAAAUGCAGAGAUAAAAAGUGCCAUGAGGAAGCUCUGGACUAGGAAACAAAAUUGA